AUGACAAGCUGGCUGAGCGAGCCACGGUGGGCCCACGAGGCCCUUCUGGCGCUAAGCAGCCGGGACGCGCCGCGCCUCCGUGCUGCGCUGCGGCUGCCAUCUGCUACCGCGCACGCCACCGUGACGCAACGACCUGGCGGCGCGCCAUUUGACUUUGCGGGCGAAGGCUUCUAUGACGCGCUCGCAGAAAAGUGGGCGUCGCCACUCUUCAAGCACGCCAUCGACGGUGACACGCUCCUCCAUCUUGCGCUGCGUCAGCAUGACCCUGUCUGUGCCCGUGUGCUUCUCGACGCAGGCGCGGCGCUCGAUACGGUCAACAGCGCCAAAGAAACCCCGGUCGCGAUACUCUGGGCCGUGCACAUGGAGCCAACGGCACCCUAUGCUGCCUCGUACGCAGAUCUCCUGCAACAUGCAAAGCCCCAGCUUAAGCAGUACCAGGAGGCCAACGCCGCCCGCGCCCGGGACGGCCUCGUCGCCAUCUACACACGCUAUGCACCCGACCGUCUCGGCAAAAUUGAGCUCCAACUGCGCGAGUUUUACGGCCGCGAACUCGACCUACUCUCACGCGUGCUUGAAAAGUACCAUACAUCGUCUUAG